CAGAAGUUCACACCUCAGGAAGAGAGGAGAUGGAACAGACUCAGCGUACAUAUGAGCCAUUUUCAUGAUCAUUUCAAAACAGAAUUCAAUUCGCUGUAUGAGCUCGCGGAUGGAACAUUCGCCAAGCGGGGGAUGUCUCUAAAUGCGUUUCUCAACAAAGCCAAUGAACUCAUCCACUAUCUCACGAUCCACCAUACCAUCGAGGAACGCCACAUAUUCCCCGUUCUAGCCAAACGUAUGCCCAUGUUUGCUAUGGAGAACGAUGGAGUACAUCUCGAGUCUCACAAGGGUAUCCAUCAUGGUUUGGAAGACUUGACCAACCUGGUCACUAAAUAUAAGAAGGAUCCAACUUCUUACAAGCCAGAGGAGUUCAGGGCCUGCCUCGAUAGCUGGCGACAAGUACUCUUCACGCAUCUAGACGACGAGGUUGCAGACCUGAAGGGCGAGAACAUGAAGAAAUACUGGACACUCGCAGAAGUGGACAGAAUUCCCAUGUGAAAGCUCGCCACGUUACCUCCACCUGUGUCUGUACUACCCUCCACUUCUCUUCCUAUCUCGGACUCUUUUCAUUAUGCUUCAUUAAGGUUGUAUGAAUACACGCUUUUGGGACUAAAACCGACUCCUUAAUUAUUGAUUUCUCACUUUUU